GAUCGAUCCUGCUAUACUUGCAUGACUUGUGUUACGGUAGUGCCUAGCUUGCUCGUACUUGUGCAUUCAGACUUUACUGUGUAAUUUCCUGUACUUAGGCUGUAGUGUGUUUAAAUUGUUUGAAGUUAAUGGUUUCAGUAACGUUCAAUAUUUUAUUGUGUGUACUGUUUGUAUCAGGUGAUUGAUUAACGCGAUUAGGUUCCAGGCUGUAUUGGUUCUAAAUUUUGUGUGGAACAAAACUGUGUAACGACGUGUGCGCGCCCCCGUAAGUUAAUCACGCUGGCUGGAUGACUUUCGAGCAAGUACUGAGUACUAGUAGCUAGGCCUAACGCCUAACACAUCAUUUGCCACAUGUGGCUACGUAGAAACAGCUAAUCAAAUAACAUUGCCACGGGCGGUUCGAACACAUCACAACAAAUUUGAAGAGAGACAGUUUGCAGCAAAAGUUGAAGUUGGUCACAUGCUUUCACCGCAGACCAAUAUUUCACUACGACCAACUGAUUCACCGUCGUCCAGCAGAUACGCAGCGCUGGAUAACGGUACCAACAUGACAAAACGUAAAUGGCAGGUUUUACCAGGGCGGAACUCUUUCUACUGUGAUGGGCGUAUAAUGAUGGCAAGACAGAAGGGAGUUUUCUUUCUAACUCUUGGACUGAUCAUUAUUACCUGCACAUUAUUCUUUGCAUUUGACUGCCCCUACCUAGCUGGACGCCUGUCUGUUGCUAUCCCUAUUGUGGGUGGUCUUCUUGUCAUCUUCUGCCUUUCAACACUUCUAAGGACCAGCUUCAGUGACCCAGGUGUCCUGCCUCGUGCCACACCUGAUGAAGCUGCAGACAUUGAGAGACAAAUGGAGGUACCCAAUCCAGAUAAUCCCACCUACCGUCCUCCUCCUCGGAUUAAAGAAGUUGUAAUUAACGGUCAGACUGUCAAACUAAAAUACUGCUUCACCUGUAAGAUCUUCAGACCUCCUAGGGCAUCACAUUGCAGUCUUUGUGAUAAUUGCGUUGAGCAAUUUGACCACCACUGUCCAUGGGUUGGUAACUGUGUCGGCAAGAGGAACUACAGGUUUUUCUACUUAUUUAUUGUCUCAACAUGUUUCCUCGCAAUCUAUGUGUUUGCAUGUAAUAUAACGACCAUAGUUCUAUUGAGCAACCAGGAAGGAGGAUUUCUAGAAGCUUUGAAAAAAACUCCUGCCAGUAUAAUUGAAGCGUUAAUCUGCUUCGUCUCCAUCUGGUCUGUACUUGGACUUGCCGGCUUCCAUACAUAUUUGGUGGCUUCUAGCCAGACUACAAAUGAAGAUAUAAAAGGCACAUGGUCAUCGAAGCGAUCACAGGCAACUUUCAAUCCGUACAGCCAUGGCUCUGUUAUCAGUAAUUGCUGCAUGACAAUAUGUGGUCCUUUCACACCAAGCUUGAUAGACCGUAGGGGAUUUGUUGCUCCCAGUGAACCUGCUGUAGUCACGUCCAGUCCAACACGCCCUCUGCAUUCAUAUGGUACAGCUGCACCUACCGGUACCAACCUUGCUAACUUCUCCGACACUGAGGAUUCAAAUUCACGACUUUCUUCAAGUAGUGAUUCAGAUCACCAUGACAACAAGGGAGGUUUAUCUGUGACAAUGACAAGCAACAUGGUAGACCAAUCAGCAGACAUUUCUCCUUUCACUGUGCCCAAUGACUCGUUGGCUCAGCGAUCAACUUCAGCACCAACAUCAAAUGGCAAAGUCUUGCAUUUAGGCCCAGUCAAUUCAGUUCAUCCAUCACCAACAACACCCAGGGAAACCCAGCCUCUACUAAGAUCAGAGGUAACAAUGGGUGAUGGUGACAAACAAGGUCAGACUGUAUCUCCACUGGGUACAGUUGAACCUGGAGACUCACUUCAAGGUAUGAGUAACUGGGGAUUAGUCAAGUUGAGCUCUGUUUGAGAACAUUGUAGCUGUGUAAUAUUUUCAGUCUUUGAAAAUAGACAUUUUAGGCUAAUAGGUGGUAAGGACAUCUGUACUGCUUAUAACUGUAUUGAUAAGACACUUCUUUGAUGGAAAAGUGGUUCUUCAAAAAUGUUUGAAUCAUUAACUAGCUGGAAAGUAUAAACGCUGUAAAAGUUGUGAUCCCAGCACACGUUAGAUAUGAAUACUCAAAUUGGGAAUUCCAGUAGUUCUGCUGUCUGGCUCAUGGGCAGUUAGGCAACAAUAUCCACUUACAAGUACAACCGGAUACCUAUGAAGGUGGAGAAUGAAUUUGCUGAUCAGUGAUCUUCACAGCCUGAAAUUAUAGCAGGGCGGCACAUGAUGCGAGUGCGGAGCAUGAAGCCAUUACAGCAUGGGGUCCUGGGCCCGCUUAAGGGCCCUGGGAAAUUUUGGAUUCUAGACACUCUGUGGUGCAAUCUGAGGUAUUUGCAGGGCACUCCUUGAAUCAAAUUUGCUUGUGUUGAAAUGAAGUCAAGAUUGUUAUCGGGAGGUCAUCAAAACUUGAUUUUAUUUCUAAAAAGGCAUCUUUUUUUAAUGAUCGGAACUCACCAUCAAGUGGAUGGUUUGGAAUUUCAUGUAUGUACAUGUAUGUGGGCGCAGCGCAAGUGGAUGAUGCACAGUCGUUUCCCUGUUAAAUUCCAGAUCUUAAAAAUAACUCCAUGGUCAUAUUCCAGUGUUAAAAUCCUACAUUUCCUACAAAAUUAGUUUCAAAAUCUAAACUUUUAAUCUGGACUUAAGGGAUUGUCAAAAGUGACAACACUUCUAGUUCAGCGUCAGUUUAACUGGUUCCAAUUUUUUCUUGUAAAAAGUCACCCACAGCCAUUGUAGUAAGCUGGUUUUCUAAUUAAGAACUUCUUGAUUUCAAGAAAAUUAGUUCAUGAAUAACAAUUUCAGGGAAUUAACGAGUGAAACUUGUGUAAGAUUUUUUAGCUGUACAGUGAGCAAUCAGCGACUAUCCCCUUUGCUGCACCGUUGACAAAUCAAUUACGCCAAAUACAUGUACAUUUCUGUUAUACCCGUGUCGUUGAGUUCGCAAUGUACGUGCGUGCACUUAUGGUGUAAUCCACAACUAGGAUGCGUUUAGUUUUUGGCCAAUUUACAAAAAAAAAACCGGAAACUCCAAAAGCCAUUUUGAUUAAACUUACAUUAGAUGCAAACAUCUAUAAGACUGUUAAGCAAGGAACAAAUAUUUGGAAUCACACAUACAGAAUGACUUAUCACCCUGUAUUUUUUGGUCAAUUUUUGGGCUGUCAUUAAUUUUGACAAACCGUUCCAAAAUAUUGAAGUUCAAGACGGAAAUCUAGCUUGCAAUAAAUUUCUUUUCUAGACGUUUUCUGUACAAGAAGCUUACAUUUCACCUAUACUUGUUUGAGAAUGUAGAACAUGUAAAAAGUAGUUUUAGAAGCAGAAGAAAAGAAGUUUUAUUUCAAGUGAUCCAGAUCUAUGAAAAAUCCGGAAAUACCUGAAGGAUAUUGGCUGUAUUUUCCAAGGAAAAAACAAUGCAUUUGAGGUUUUGAUUCUUUAUGCUACAAAAUAAAAAUGCUAUGACCAGGAGAUUGGAACCAGUCCAGUUCUUUGCUUUCGUACUAUAUGUAUACUGCAUCUGGCUUUGAUCACUGCACUAAUGGUGCGAAGUGCUUUUCAGUUGUGCUGAAUAAUGAUGGCAAACUCUUUGUGUUCAAUUCAUAAAGUGCAGUAAACUUCUUUGCAUUUAAAUAAACUGUGAAGACGGUGGAAAAUAGGGAAAAUCCAAUAGAAAAAACUGCAGGGCGGUCAGAACUUUGGCAAGGCGGCCCACCCUGCUAAAAUCCCUUGUAGAAAACUCUGUUGAUGUACAUGUAGAACUGCUGCUUAAUGAUUGCAUAGCUCAAAAGAAAGUGAUAAUCAUUGAGAAGCAUUAGGAACCUUUGAAUAUAAUACACUACGAUAUAAGCACAUUACUUUGACACAUAACUUCAUCUCUGCCUUUGAUAUCCACUGUGUUGGCAGGUGGUACUGGUAUUGCCCGUAGCUUUAAGCCUCAGGCAGUCUCCCUAUUCUACAAUGUGCUACUUAACAUUUGAUAAUGCCCUGGAUACCAGAGAGUUUCAUUGAUUCUGAUUGGUCACGUGUCUGUGUGCUCAUGGCUCGGCAAGUGCACACCAAGUCCACAUAAAAAGAUUCUGUUGGAUAACUUGCUCAAGGAAUAUACCAUAAAAUGGAUGGGGGUGUUUGGUAAAAUGAAAGUACAAAAUACUAGACUAAAAUUGUUGGAAAUGCGUCAUAUAUUGACUUCUUCUGACUCUGACUAAAAAGGUAUUUAUGAGUGGGAAUAAAUAUGUGCUCGGCCAGUCUUAAAUGCAUGUUGAAGACCAGUCAAGCACAUAUUUAUUUCCUUAUUUAAAGAUUAUCUUAUGAGCAUAACAAGUCCAAUAGUCAUGCAUCAUGUUUCUUGUUCUUUUUAUUACGUUACAUGUACACUAUUUGUGCAUGACCAAUAAAAGUAAAUAAGUCAAGCACACCAGAAUAGUAUCUUACAUUAAAAAACCUUCUUACUCUACUUUAUUUUUGGUAUCUGUUUUCAAAUUUCUUUUGGAAACUAGUCUCUUGUCAAAAUCUUUGUAUGAGGUGUAAAUUGUGUAUUGUACAGUUUUUGUAAUUCAAAGUUAUCAUGAUGGUAAAUCUAAGAACUUACUAGUAUUAACAUUUCAGGAGUAAGGCUGA